AUGACCGCUUCAGUGAUCACUAGACCACGGCGCCCGAUUGUUCAUCUGAAUGGCUUCCCCGGUGUCGGAAAGCUUACCAUCGCCCGCUACCUUGCAAAGCAACUUCCUUCUGCAAAACUCGUGCAUAACCACCUCCUGAUAAAUCCCGCCGAUGCUGUUCUCCACCGCACUCAGCCAGGUUAUCAAACCCUUCGCCGCGGAAUCCGGAACUCUAUAUUUUCCGCUCUCAUCAAUGAACCCGCGACGUUCGACACAACCUACGUCUUUACGGAUUUCCAGAGUGACGACGAACUCGGCGCCACCGUCUGUGCAGAAUAUCUCGCCACCGCAGAAGCACGGCAUGCUGCCCUCGUACCUAUCCUGCUCUUCUGCGACGAAAAGACCAAUAUGCAGCGCCUGGUCUCGUCGGAUCGAGAAUUGCACGCAAAGCUGACAGAUGUGGAACUCGUCACCCAGUUCCGUCGUGAGGGGGAUGUACAUCGCUUCACCGGUCACCCAAACUAUUUAGAAAUAGAUGUGUCCAACUUCACGCCGGAUGAGGCGGCUAAACAGAUAUGUGAGCAUAUCAGAAGGGUCUGUCCGGAUUUGUAA